GAAUUUGGAAUUCUCAAUUCUGAAUUCUCAAUUCUCAAUUGACGAGGCAUAAAACUAUUUGACGGGGAGAUAUUGGGUUUGGUGUUGGUACGAAGUGUGCUUGCUGGUGUUCUGUGAAAUCUGUGGUGUGAUUUGAUUUGGUUUGAUUUGUUGAAGUGUGUUUGUUGAGGAUUUGAGGGAUUAAGUUGGGGUUCUAUUCACUUAUUGUGUGAGAGAUUGGGAUUGAAAAGGGAAAGGGAAAGGUGCAAAAAUGAAGUCGGAAUUUAUAACGAAUGAUGGUGUAGCUAUUGCGUAUAGCGAUACGGAUGUUCAGAAUGAGGGGGGAUUGGAGUGUUUGAUUCUUUUGCAUGGCUUUACUGGUUCCAAAGAUGUUUGGCAAAAGAAUGUAGAUGCUCUACGCAAAACAUACCGUGUUAUUGUACCGGAUCUGAGAGGUCAUGGAGCCAGCCAGAAACCAAAACAUGGAUAUCAUGUUAGUCGUCUCGCGAUGGAUUUGCAUGAGCUCACGCAGCAUAUCAUCUAUUCAUCGGCUACCGGCCAAAAGGGUCCUCGAGGAGACAAAAAGUUCCUUGCGAUUGGUGGGAGUCUCGGAUGUGCCAUCCUAUGGAGUUAUGCUGAACUUUUUGGAACGAGCUUGUUCAGAAAAAUGGUCUUUGUGGAUCAGAGUCCGCUUCAGAAUUCGACCUUGGAUGGCUGGGAUAGCCGUUUUUGUAAUCGUGGUAUGAAUAAUCCGUGGGCGAUCGCUUCUCUUCAGAAAACUCUGGAAUUGGCGCCGGAAAUUGCUCAUCGGGGAACUAUUGCUGCUUGUUUGGGAUACCGAUAUGCACCGAUUGAAUCGGAGAAAGGAGUUAGGUCCCAGGAGGAAAUGGAUGAUGAUGAAGCAUUUUUCUUGGGAGAGGCACUCAAGGGAGAUGGGAGAUGGUUGGGGAAACUCAUGGAGGAUCAUACAUCUAAAGAUUGGAGAGAUAGUAUUCGUGCUUGUUUCGGACCGGAGAGUGGGAGUGAGACAAAGAUUUUAGUUGUGGGUAGUAGCAGGAGCGGAUGUUUUCCUGCAGAAGGUGUAUUGAAGAUUGUGGAGUUUGUGAAUGGCGGAGUCGAAGCCAAUAGGAAGGCACGAGGUGUAGUAGUUAACUGGGGUGGUCACUGGUGUUAUUGGGAGGACGCGGAUAAGUUUAAUACCCUGGUAUUGGAAUUCCUAGGAGAGAAUUAAAGGAUGAAUGAGGAAGGUACGAAUGAAUGAAUAUAGCAAAAUGGAAGGAGCAGAUUGCAUGAAAGGAAAUCACAUAUUCAGUCCAGCAGUUGUCCCAAGAGUUUUCGACAAUCUAAAGGUAUUCGAUUGUCAAAUCCGAUUCAACAAUUAUGAUACUUUCAAUAUUCUGAACAAUUCCAACAAUUG